CCUUCUCUUGCUGUCUUGCAGCCCAUGGGAUCAGAGCGGAUGGAGAUGCGCAAACGGCAGAUGUCUACGACCCAGGAGACCCCAGGCGCUGCACAGGCUCAGCACAGCACAGGAAAUCGAGGGUCCAAUGCCUGCUGCUUUUGUUGGUGCUGUUGCUGCAGCUGCUCGUGUCUUACCGUUAGAAAUCAAGACGAAGAGAGAGCAAGGAGAACAUCUCAUGAACUCCAAGCAGAGGGCAUUCCAAACUGCGAGGAAAGCCCUGCUCCUACCCUUGAAGAAGUAAAUGCCUGGGCUCAGUCAUUUGACAAGUUGAUGCUCACUCCAGCCGGCAGAAAUGCUUUUCGUGAAUUUCUACGAACAGAAUUCAGUGAGGAAAACAUGCUUUUCUGGAUGGCCUGUGAGGAACUAAAACAAGAAUCCAACAAAAGUGUCAUUGAAGAAAAAGCAAGACUAAUUUAUGAAGAUUAUAUUUCUAUCCUUUCUCCAAAAGAGGUCAGUCUGGACUCCAGAGUAAGAGAAGUUAUUAACCGAAAUAUGCUGGAACCCUCACAACACACCUUCGACGAUGCACAGCUUCAAAUUUAUACCUUAAUGCACAGAGACUCCUACCCACGGUUUAUGAACUCUGCUAUUUAUAAGGACUUGCUUCGGUCCUUAUCUGAAAAAUCCAUUGAAGCAUAGAAUUUUUUUCUUAAAUGUAUUUAUUUUAAAACAAAAGGAACUCUGGGCUACACCAAUCCACAGGGAAUUUAGAAUUAAUCAGAUAUUUACCUGAAAAUAACUCAGGCAAGUUUUACUACAGACUGAAUGAUUUAAACCCGCACAAGGCUCUGACGCAGUCAGCUAACUACAGUUUCUGAUCAAAUUCAGUGUUACUUUGCAAAAGAGAAUGAAGAGAAAAUGUUGUUGUUCAAAAAAUGCAGUGUUUUUUUCAAACGCAGCAUGCAACUCAGAUGCAAAUCUGUUACAACAUUAUGUCUGAGGUACAAAUGCCAACUGAGCACGAAAACUAAAUUUUAUUUUUUAAGUGGAGCGUUAGAAUUUUCUUGAAAACCAAACCAGUUGCCCCAUCCACACUGUGACCAAAGUAAACACAGUACUGUCAGUAUCUGGGUUACACUAGACAAAGUUUCACGUACCGUACCUGGCACAGGUACACUCCACUUGCCUUGGUAUAUUUAAUGCAUAUAUGGUGCACUAAUGGAAAUCGGUACGGCAAUCUCAAGUUUAUGAAAGCUAAUGGUUGAAAUAAUGCUGCCUAUAAAAAUCUUUUGCUGAAGAAUUGUUAUUUUACUACUAGAGUCUGCUGAAAGCAUUUUUAAGUUCAUAUUGUUGAUGUUUAUAAAUUAUUUACUUAAGAGGAAGAAGAGUCUGCGCAUUUAAAUUCCAAAAUAAAGCACAAGAAUUGUCA